AUGUCUACCCUCGAGGAGCUCGACGACCUCGACCGCCGCGACCGCGAUGAGAAGGACAACAAGCAGGGAAAUGGGAAUGAUAAGAGGAAAGGAGAUGAUGAUGGCGAUGCCGAGAUGAAGGAUGCCGAGCCCGAGGAGGAAGAUGUUCUGGACCCGGAGAUCUUAGACCUCAGCACGGACGACAUCAAGACCCGUCGGCGUUUACUUGAGAACGAUGCUAGAAUCAUGAAGAGCGAGUACCAACGUUUAUCACACGAGAAAGCGACUAUGGCCGAGAAGAUCAAAGAGAACAUGGAAAAGAUCGCUAACAAUCGACAACUUCCAUACCUUGUGGGCAAUGUUGUUGAACUCUUGGAUCUGGACCCGACCGCCGAAUCCUCCGAAGAGGGCGCCAACAUCGAUCUGGACGCUACCCGUGUGGGCAAAUCAGCAGUUAUCAAGACAUCAACCAGGCAAACCAUUUUCCUCCCACUGAUCGGUCUUGUGGACCCGAACAAACUGCGCCCCGGCGAUCUUAUCGGUGUAAAUAAGGAUUCAUACCUCAUUCUCGACACUCUCCCCGCCGAGUACGACAGCAGGGUAAAGGCCAUGGAGGUCGACGAGAAGCCAACGGAGAAAUACACGGAUGUUGGUGGCCUGACUAAACAGAUCGACGAGCUCCUUGAGGCUAUCGUAUGGCCAAUGAAGGAGGCGGACAGGUUCAAGAAGAUUGGCAUCAAGGCUCCGAAGGGUGCCCUCAUGUACGGCCCACCUGGGACAGGCAAGACUCUUCUUGCCAGGGCCUGCGCUGCCCAGACCGAUGCGACCUUCCUCAAACUUGCCGGGCCACAACUGGUACAGAUGUUCAUCGGCGAUGGUGCCAAACUCGUCCGCGAUUGCUUCGCCCUCGCCAAAGAGAAGGCGCCGGCGAUUAUUUUUAUUGACGAACUGGAUGCCGUGGGCACUAAACGUUUCGACAGCGAAAAGAGCGGUGAUCGAGAGGUGCAGCGGACCAUGUUGGAGUUGCUCAACCAGCUUGACGGUUUCGCUUCCGACGACCGGAUCAAGGUCAUUGCCGCGACGAACCGUGUCGAUGUGUUGGAUCCCGCCUUGCUCCGGUCUGGCCGUCUUGACCGCAAGAUCGAGUUCCCCCUUCCGAAUGAGGAAGCCCGGGCACAGAUUCUCAAGAUUCACUCGCGGAAGAUGAAGGUGGAUGAGGCCGUCAACUGGGAUGAGUUGGCGCGGAGCACGGACGAGUUUGGUGGUGCCAUGCUGAAGGCAGUGUGUGUGGAGGCUGGUAUGAUUGCUCUGCGUCUGGGGAAGAACAAAAUUGGGCACGAGCACUACGUCGAUGCUAUUGCGGAAGUACAAGCCAAGAAGAAGGAUACCGUCAACUUCUAUGCCUAA